AUGGAAUUGUGGGCAGUCUCGUUGAUAUCCUAUGUCGUACCAUUUGUAUUACACAGUUUUGGUAUGAUACUACUUUUAACAAAAAGUUCCAACGUUAGCAGAAGUCAAACUAUAUUAAUGAUCAAUCUGAGUCUGUCGGAAAUUUGCUUAUCCGCAGCGAGUGUAGCUUAUAUCGUGGUGUACUAUUAUUAUGGCGAGAAAAACAUUGUGUAUCAAUUUUUAUUAAUUUACUCAAUGGUUUCAUGUUUACCUUAUUAUGCCGUUAUGUACAUUCUGACAUUAGACCGACUGGCAGAAGUGUACUUGAACAUCCGUUAUCCCUUAUAUUGGUCAGCAAGAAAAACGAAAUAUUGCAUGAUCAUAGUAUGGUUGAUAACUUUGUGCUUGCAGUUGUCAUUAUUUGUUUAUAUUCGUGUCGAACAAGUAAAUGGUUUUGAAAAGCUUGAAGAUUUUUCCCACUUUUAUGGCUUUCCAUUUGGCGAUAUGGUUUUCGUUAUAAUUGCUUUUGCGACAUACAUAUACAUUGUGAAAAAGAUUCGACGCAAUAGAAAGGUAAUGGCUCGAAUGUCGGUUUCAAUAGAAAGAAAUACAGAUCGUAAUACGGAUGGAUUUAGUUCAAAUGGUCAAAAAUUGCGUCAGCACAUCAAACGAGCGAAUCUACAUUUGUUGUUACCAUUCCUAUUAGUGACAACUUUCGUACUGUUCAUUGUCAUACCAGAUUUUAUAUUCUUGUUGAUGUAUAGAGGUUUUAUAGCAAACACUUUUCUGUUAGAUGUGAUAAUCAACAUAGUUUUUUCUAUCGGUUAUUCUUCCGAUGCCUGUAUUUAUGUUUUGUUGUCGACUUCUUUCAAAAACCUUCUUCGGAGUUGGUUUAGAAGAUUUUUUAAAAGGUAA